AUGUAUGUCGCGGGUUCGAGUCGCACUCCGCGAAUUUCGAGUUGCACACCGAAACGCGAGGACGCGAGGACGACAGGUCGCGGGUUCAAAUCACGGGUCGCACGCGAGUUGCACGCGAGGAUGCGAGGACGCGAGGACACCAGGACCUGUCCAGUGCGGAUGCAACCAGAAAGGUGCAGGCGCGAGCCAACCGGACGCCUGAGCAAGUGGCGGCGGAUCGAGCAGCAGCUGCAGCGUGAUGGGCAGAUGCACGAGCCAACCGGACACCUGAGCAAGUGGCGGCGGACCGAGCAGCAGCUACUGCUCGCACAUGCAGCUCGGGUAGCAGAGGUGCGAGCCAACCGAACACCUGAGCAAGUGGCGGCAGACCAAACAGUGGACGCAGCUCGAAAGCAUCAAGCCCGUGUGAUUCGGCAACAGUCAUCUGAGGAGCACACACCACAACACACCCGCCGCAGCAGGGGUAGCCUUGUGGAGGCAGUUUUGGAUGCUGCCUUCUGGGUGUUCAGGCGGCCGACAAACCCCACCAAGCCUCGUAUGGGUGCCUGCGAGAUGAAGUCCGCGGUACAGGCACACGGCUACCGGUUUGGUGACAUCCCCAACGUGCACCAGUUGCGUGCAGAUGUUUGGAGGACGCUGGCAGUGGCGCGUCCAGCUCAAGUCGUCGCAUGGCUACCAGUGACAGCCGCCAGAGCACCACCACCGCCCGAGCCAGCUUUGCCGUGGGGCUUCCGAAAGAUGUGGCUCAAUGGGCAUUCUACGGAGAAGACGGGGCUCACCAAGCGUCCUGGUACGACAGGGGACUCUGGUGGUUCGGAUGACCAAGAGCACCGCCAGCCCACCCAGCAGCACAGUUCGUUGCAACAGGCGCGGGACCAUUUGGGCAACACUGGAGCAUAUGGCUCUUCCCGGAAGACUUUCCACCGCAUGAGGCGGGCCCAUCUAGUCUGCCACAGUGAUGUCGGCAACUGGAUGGAAUCGAGUGCAGCCCGUUCAUUCACCCCACUCGCCGACACCACACCGGACGACAUCACCUCCGCCUGCGAAGCCGUCAAUGCGGCUUUCACGGCAGAUCUGCAUGUAAAGCUGCAGGGCACGGAUCUGACCAUUGCGAGCCUUGAGAACGUCUGCAAGAUCGUUACCAUGCGCUGA